AACCACUGUUAAAAGUGUGUUUAGCUCGCUGCAGAGUUUUGCACCUACACGCAGAGUGAGGACAGAAGCUGGACAUGCUGACCAAAGAUGAAAAGCACUACAAGAUGAGAGCAUUAAUAGAAGAGUUCCCAAAAUUCAUAAAAUCAAAAAUCUUUGAGAUUAUCAUUAAAAUGACUGAGUGAAUGGUGAAGAAUGAGAGUGUGACAUUCAGUGUCGUGGCCACGUCACAUCACCUCCUUUACUCAGUGAAAUACCAGAAAGGUUCCUAACAAGAGACAUUGUGAAGAUGAUCGUGUUAUGGGUAACACUGCUUGUUCUUCAUCAAGGAUAUACGCUGGUUCCAGUGAUCACGGUUCAACUUGGUCAACCUGCAACUUUGGCAUGUGCUUUAUCUAAUGAUGAGCACAACAAUAAAGAACUCUACUGGUACAAGCAGACUGCCGGUGAUACUCUGAAAUUAAUUGUGAAAGUGAUUAGAGCUGCAAAUCCUGAGUAUGCACCAGAGUUUAAUUCCACAAGAUUGAAGGUACGUAAAGAUAAGAAUUUUGGUAACCUGACCAUUUUGAGGACAACCCAAGAAGACGAGGGAAUGUACCAUUGUGCAGUCAUGGAGUGGACUAAUUUUGAAUGGAGUGGGACAUAUUUAUUAGUUAAAGGAAACAGUGAAAGAACAUCAAACUAUACUGUUGUUCAGUGGCCGACAGUAUCUGAUCCAGUCCGUCCAGGAGACUCUGUGACUCUCCAGUGUUCAAUCCUCUCUGACUACAAGAACAAGACGUGUCCAGGAGUACACAGUGUUUACUGGUUCAGAGCCGGAUCAGAUGCAUCUCAUCCAGACUUCAUCUACGCUGAUGGAAGUCGUGAUGAAUGUAGAAAGAAAACUGGCAUUCACUCGUCUCCAAAGAGCUGUGUUUAUCGCUUCUCUAAAAACGUCAGCUCCUCUGAUGAUGGGACUUAUUACUGUGCUGUGGCCACAUGUGGAGAGAUAUUAUUUGGAAAUGGAACUAAACUGGAACGUGUACAAAAAACACAUUCACUAUUUAUUGGAAUAGUGAUAUUAACAGUCUGCUUGGCCAUUUCUGUUGUUGCAAUUGUCGUCUUCAUCUGCAACCAAAGUCUAAGAGUGCGUGAACAAUAUAAAGGAAUGGAAAGUACUUUUUCAGAAGCCCGACAUGACAACUUGCGCCAACAGGGACAUGAUAUUACUGAAGCUGAAGACAAAAUGAACUACACUGCAAUGAAUUUCCCAGAAAGAAAAGCAACGAGAAGAAGAAAGAAGAAAGAGUUUUCAGACGACAGUGUGUACUCUACGGUUGAGUAUCGUCUGAAUUUUAUCGAUUCUGAUGCCGUUUCUGCUUAACGAUUCCCAGUUUCUAUUCCAAUGUGGUAAAAAAAAAAGAGGUCAAAUGUUUAAAUAACAAAAAUAUCUUCAUUCUUUUAAGCGUUUACUAUGACUUUUAUUGU